GAGAGCUCCACAGGGACUGGCGGAGCGGCGGAUUGAGAGCGCUGCUGGGGGAAAGAGAGAGAGAGAGGAGGGCUGGAGUUGGUCGAAGGGAAACUCAGCUAAAAGAACUUAUUUGAGGUCGUGGGUGAGGUUGAGUGAUGUUUUGAUGAGGAGAAAGUUAAAGUUAAGUUGGUCGGUGUUUUGUACGGAGCUGGCGGUGUUUCUGGACGGUGAGCUAGAGGACCUGUAGUGAGCAGUGAGCGGGCCGGGGGGACUCGGAGCUCCGCGGUGAUCACUCCAGUUCCCCGCUCCGGAGCUGCCCGCCGGACUGACGUCAGUGUUCACCUAAUGUUUUCCCGAAGUUGACGGUUCUGGUCUGCUGGUCCAAACAGCGCCGGUCCAGCAUUGUGACCACAGCUUCAGCCAGACGCCCGAGAACCAAACACGUAGAUUAACCAAGGGAAUGCAGCUGAAACUCAAGAGGAGAAGACGUUAAAUCUGAAGGAAAUCCACAGCACAAUAGAUUUUCCUUAUUGCUGCCGUUGGUCCCAUUUGCCAGAGUGUGAGCUGGAGCUGGAUGUUCUGAUUUGAUGGUGUGAUUGAGAGACACCCACCCUGUUGACUGCUGGAGUUCUUAAUAGCCUUUUCUUUUCUUGCCACUUCUGGGGGUGAGCGUGAGGGAGAAAAGCAUUGUGGGACACGUCCGUGCUGCUCUGCCAUCUAUAUGGAGCUGUAAGAGAGGACCUGGACUCUUGGGGGUCACUGGUGGAACUCGGUGCAGCAGGGGACCAUGGGAAAAGAACAGGAGCUUCUGCAGGCGGUUAAGAACGGCGACUUACCUUCCACACAGAAACUACUGGCCAAGUUUAAGAGCAGCCGAACCAAGUUAUUGGGCUCCACCAAGAGACUCAAUGUCAACUUUCAGGAUCCAGAUGGGUUUUCAGCCCUGCAUCAUGCUGCUUUAACAGGCACUACAGACCUUCUGUCCCUGCUGCUGGAGGCUCAGGCUACUGUGGACAUUAAGGACACGAAUGGAAUGCGUCCGCUGCAUUACGCUGCGUGGCAGGGAAAAGCUGAAUCAGUGCUCCUGCUUCUCAGAGCAGGAGCUUCUGUUAACGGAGCGUCACAAGAUGGGCAGAUCCCACUGCAUCUGGCUGCACAGUACGGACAUUAUGAGGUGUCUGAGAUGUUGUUACAGCACCAGUCUAACCCCUGCAUGGUGAACAAGGCUAAGAAGACUCCUCUGGACCUGGCCUGUGAGUUUGGCAGGUUAAAGGUCACCCAGCUGUUGUUAAGCAGUAAUAUGAUUAACACUCUUUUAGAGGGGGACAGGAAGGAAGCGAUAGACUCCGCCUUCAACACACCCCUCCAUCUUGCUGCUCGCAAUGGACAUAAAGACAUAAUCCGGCUUCUGCUGAAAGCAGGAAUUGAUGUUAACAGAUCUACCAAAGCCGGCACGGCGCUGCACGAGGCCUCUCUCUAUGGGAAGACUGAGGUAGUGCGGCUGCUGCUGGAUGCUGGGAUUGAUGUGAACAUCCGCAACACGUAUAAUCAGACAGCUCUGGACAUUGUCAAUCAGUUCACCACCUCGCACGCCAGCAAAGACAUCAAACAGCUCCUACGAGAUGCCACAGGAGUUCUUCAGGUGAGAGCUCUGAAGGACUAUUGGAACCUCCAUGACCCCACUGCCCUCAACAUUCGUGCGGGGGAUGUCAUUAUGGUGCUGGAGCAGCAUAUGGACGGCCGCUGGAAGGGACACAUCCAUGACAGCCAGAGAGGCACGGACCGUGUGGGAUACUUCCCUCCAUCCAUAGUGGAGGUCAUUAGUCGGCGAUCUGGGGGCACCCUGUCGCGGCACUGCUCUCUGCCCUGCCAGAGGCAGCAGCAGCUCUCCAGAGCGCCCUUCACCUCCAAUCUGAGCAUGAGCACCUCCGCCGCCCCGCAAACUGAUGACUCCUACACCCUGUAUGCCCCUAACCCCCACCUGGCACUGUCCCAUGCCAACAGCCUGAGCGUCAAUCCAGGUGGGCCACCAAGCAGCCUCUCGCAGCCCACAAUCCCCAGCCUCGAGGACGUCUGGGUUCUGAGGAACUCCUGCAAGGCAGGAGACAGGAACAGUGUGGGGAGCACGGGCAGUGUUGGGAGCACGCGGAGUGCUGGUAGUGGACAGAGCACGGAAAGCAAUAACGCUCCUAACGGCCUUCACCAGCACACCACCAACCUAGACUCUAACAAACAGCCAGCACCACCUGGUGGCGAUUCCGUGCAGCCAGACCACCACAAACAGCCUGAUCUGUCUACAGGUGUUCCUCGGAGGCCCGUGCUCGCUCUGCCGAGAGCACCAGAGCAGGGCUUCUUACAGCAGUUUGUACGACCUCAGCAGCUGCUGGAGGGCAAAGACGCGGAAGCAAUCUACCAGUGGCUGAGUGAGUUUCAGCUGGAGCAGUACACUGCUAACUUCCUGAACGCUGGCUAUGACGUCCCCACCAUCAGCAGAAUGACCCCUGAGGAUCUGACUGCAGUUGGUGUUACAAAACCAGGACACAGGAAGAAGAUCUCACUGGAGAUUGGUAACUUAAGCAUUCCAGAAUGGCUGCCUGAUUAUACACCAGCGGAUCUGGGUGAAUGGCUCAGUGCUAUCGGUUUGCCUCAGUAUCACAAGAAGCUCUUGGAGAAUGGCUAUGACUCCAUCAGCAUUGCCAAGGACCUCACAUGGGAAGACCUGCAGGAGAUUGGGAUAACUAAACUGGGCCAUCAGAAAAAAAUCAUGCUCGCAGUGAAGAAGCUGUGUGACCUCCACAGAGCUCUCCUACAGACUGAAUCAGGUCAGGGCACCCUGCGCCGCAAACCUCCCGCAGCCCUGGAUCUUCUCCCUAUUGAGCCGCCCACUGACAGUGGUGAUCUCCCUUCACCACACACCCCUAAGAUGCUCACUUUCCAGGACAGCGAGCUGAGCGCAGAACUGCAGACUGCAAUGUCUACACACUACGGCAGCCCUCAGGAGGGCCUGGCUAUCAAAAGUGCCGUGGCCAUGUCGAUCAGCCAGGAGAGCAUUGACGCUCGCUCCAGAGGUUCAGGGCGGUCUCAGGAGCCUCCCGCCACACCCUCCACAUCCACAGCCCUUCACAGCCGCUCACAGGAGAGCCUGGCCAGUGGUGGCAGCAGCCCGGGAAAAGAGAGGAACAUUCCUGAAGGUCGUGACCAGCUCCAGCAUCAGAGGCCUGUGGGCGGCUCUCCAGGAUUUAAACACCCUGCAGUGCCAGUCAAGCCCAAACCUGUUGGCUCUCCAGCCCAGAAGGCAUUUAGCUACCUGCAUGCCAGCCACGGCAGUGCCACGCUGGGUCGCCGCUCUCCUGGAGCACCCAAGAAACGCACCCAGAGCUUGACACGAUACGCCUUGUCUGAUGGUGAGCCAGAUGAAGAGGAUGAUGAUGAGUUGGCCCAGCCUAUGGCUGCUGCUCUACCUUCUUACGCCACUCUGAGCCGCAGGCCCGCCCGUGGCCAGCUGGCCCGCCUCCAGUCUGCUCCCGAGCAGGGGGUCGGCCGGAGCCAUUCGUUCGCCAUCAGAGCUCGGCGCAAAGGUCCACCUCCACCCCCACCCAAGCGCCUCAGCUCUGUUAGCAGUGGUAACACCAGCUCAGAGGCAGCACCCGACACACCAACACCCCCAGCAGGCAGCGUGGAUACAAACUGCCCUGGCAGCGUAAAGAGCAUCGCGGCCACUUUAGAGACAGCAAUAAUGGGCCCCAGGGCAGAGCUCUGCAAGGAGGCCAACUCAUCCUCUUCCAGCUCCACAGAGGGGUCCAGGAGGAGAGCUCUUAGCCAGAGUGAACCCAGCCCUUUCCCACAGGUGGAAUGUGACCGAGGGGUGAAGUCAGACUCUGAAGAGGAUGAAGCAACGAAGGAUGCCGGCCUUGACGGCUCGUCCUCCCCUCAAAACAGCUCCAGCGAGUGCAUUCCCUUCGCUGAGGAGGGCAACCUCACCAUCAAGCAGCGGCCCAAAACAGCAGGUCCACCCAGAGCAGAAAGUGUCCUGGAGCCUCCCGAGAAGCUGAAGCCACCUAAGACCCCUGAGCCCCCUGAGUUCAACCUGACAGAGUCAGACACUGUAAAGAGGCGACACAAACCUAAAGAGAAAGAGCAGCCGUCUGCUGAGUGUGACGGUGCAGAGCAGCAGAGUCGAGGAGCGGUGAACCUGCGGAUCAGCGAGUCUGAGAUCAUUCCAUCCAACCCAGAGCCUCCAUCAACACAGCCAAUCAAAGCUCCCCCACCUCUCGCCCCGAAACCUGCCAGUCCCCCAAAACCAUCACACAGCAUUACUAAUCUCAGACAACCCACACCUGCAGCCUCAGUUGGCGGAUCUGGUGUGACACUGAAUGUGGUGCAGAGUGUGGCGUUCGCAGCGCCCACAUCUCCACUGCCGUGUUCCUCCACCCGAGGGCCUCCACCUCAGCCUGUGGCACCAGGACAGCCCAGUGUGUGUGUGGAGGUGGGACCAGGAGCCGUGCUGGUGCAGCAGAAGCUGGAUCAGACCAGUUCCUCUCUGGAGAUGGCGUUGAAGGCUGUGGAGAGAAAGCUCACCUUGGAUGACAUCACUGAGGGAGAGUGCCACACAGCGAAGUCUGCAGGGAACAUUCUGGACGACAUUGGGAACAUGUUUGAUGAUCUGGCGGAUCAGCUGGACGCUAUGCUGGACUGAGCUGAACUGAGCUGGACUCUGCUUCCUCAGAUCACUGUGUAGAACAGAUUCCCCACUGGAGGCAGAAAAAGAGACAAACAGACAGCUAUACAGAAGCACUCAGGCUGCUCAGUGAGAUCACAGAUGGAGAAAUUUUUCCUUUCCAUACUCUGUUCUCUGAACUCAUGAUGGAUCAGUUUUGUCACAUUUAGAAGGAUCAUUCAUGCUCUAAACCCAGAAGCACUUAAUCCAGCUGUCCAGUCAUUUGAGCAAAGCCUUCUGCUGCUAACUUUGAACUUUCUGCCUCUCCUGCCUCUCAGAGCUGAUCUUCAUACUGUACUCAACCUGCUCAAACUCUAGCUAUUCCAGCUGUUUCACUUUCUGAUCUAACAGCAUUUACACAUGUUAAUGUUCUCUCCUGAGCUUACCCUUCACUAUACCUUUAUAUGCAAGCGUAACUGAUGGCCAACAAAACCCUUUCAGAACAACUACAGGUAGUAAUUUAAAAAAGUGCCCCCAGAUAAAGAGGAGCACUCUGUCAGAAUCAUUCCUCUCACAGUAACCAACAUGUGUAACAUAUAUCUCUGUUCCUGAGCAUUUCACUUUUAAAAUGAUUUCUAACCAGUUUUAUAUCAAGUUCCAUUUUAAUAGAACUGCCUCGAUGCCAGUAAGAUGUUUGAACAUGAACUACAUUCUGUGUUGAAGAGACCCUAGUCUUCAGUAGGGAACACAUCAUCCACUAAUGAACUCUUAGUGACGCUCAGUACACUGCCAGUGUGAUGUACAGAGGAUGAUGGACAGAAUACUGAUAUUCACUAUUUUUGGAUUGAUUUCCAUAAAUACUCAAUUUUAGUAAAAUAUAGUAUUUAAAAUGUCAAAAAUAUGUAUUUUGUACACUAAAGGUAUAUUUGACCUAUAUUUGAGAUCUACCAAAGUAUAUGUAUAUUUUUCUUGAACCUGUCGAUUUGUCUCUCAUGCAGCUAAACUAACGAGGGUUUAUUGUUAACACUAUUACAGAUUUCUUAUUACUGUUCAUGUUAUUUUUAUGUUGUUAUUUUGUUGUUAUCAUUUCUGGAUUCCAUGCUAUUAAAACAGCUCUAUGAUUAUUGUUA